UCCUCGUCGGUUAAUUCAAAGAGAGCACAGUUAAGUCAUCCUCACCAAAUCAACACAAACGCAAUAUUCAACAGAAUGAGUCGUUCACAUAGUCCUCUUGCUGCCGAAAAUUCCCCAAAUAACUUAGCAGAACUGCAAGAAAUACGUGAUGAAAUCGUCUCAUUGCGCCAAAAGUUUGACAAGGAUUUCAAAGUACUUCAUACCUUUUUAAUUCGUCAUUUUCAGGUUAUGCGCAACGCUGUUACUGGUGAUAAAAGCGAAAUCGCGCAAGUACUUAAUAAGCCAGUAUCCGAAGGCAAGUUUCCAACUCAUCGGAUUGAUCAUGGAGAGGCUGCUCUUCCGGAAAGCAGCAUUUUGAGUUCAGCUCAUCGAGCUUUCCUGGAUGCAGUGAGACAUCGUCGAGCAUUUGAGAUCAAUGUUGCAAAUUGUGAGAGGUCACAAGCUCAAAAAGACGUUUUUCAUAUUCUCGGACAUCUCCAUGAAGAUAAUGCUGAUGCUAUUCGCAUGAGGGCACUUCUAGACGAUGCUGUGCACAAUAUGAACUCCAUUCAAAGUACUCCCAUUGCAUCGAAAGCGACCUCUUCCCGUCUGGAUCGUUUAAGCGCUCCAAAGAAACAGCUCAAAUUAGCCCCACCCAAACGACGAACGAAACUCACUACCAAUCAGCGCCCAAACUCGUCUCCGCCUAAAAGAGUUUCAAGCACAGUAACCCCCAGAUCAACUGGUCUGGCAGACCUUGUCUACUUUUCCGAUGAAGAAUCCACAACUGCUCCACCUUUAAUGAGACGUCCUAAAGUUGUUCUCAAAACUCCUCCAUCUCUUAGUGGUUUGCUCAUUUUCAGACACCAUUAUAAUCCCUUACUUCCAGCUAGGGAAAAGGCUGUGCGAUUCGAUAAAACCCAUUCAAAAUCGACUGCUCCUAUGAAACCGAAUGAACGCAAGUCUAAACCACUGACACCGUUUGUACCUUUGGGAAUGCGCCAAUAUACAAUGUGGCCAACGGAAAAAUCUCAAUCACUCGUGACGACUUCAAUGGAAAAUGGUCUCGGAGGGGAGGCAGAUCGUUUAACUGCGGAAGAUGUAAAAACUAUGCUGGAAGCCGCAUUAAAUCAGCACUCGGAACGCAAAUCAUCCCAACUUCAAGUUCAAGACCGAGAUGUUGGCACUUCGUGUCAAGCUUUCACUGAAGAGAAGGCAUUAAGUCCCAUUCCAACUCCUAAAAAAACUACUUUGGUUGACGCCACCUCUACUUCAGUUCCUCUCUUCGGCUUUCCGUCAGCUCUCUGCUUCCUAUUCUGUUGGUUCAAACUUGCCUUUUGUUCAGCCUUGUUUUUUGUUCAAGAACCACUUAUCAUCUACCUCCACCUUUCUUACUCUUCUUACGUUUGUAGACCUCAGUCUCCAAUAUUUACACCGGACCAGGAGGUGUCUGCCUCAAUUACAAAAAAAGAAUUUGAAAGUAUCCCAACAGUAAGCGGAUUCAGUCAGACUGAUGCACAAUCUUUCAGCGAUGGAGUCUGGCUAGAUCCGGAUAGAUCUGAGGGAGAAUAUGGUGGGAUACCGAUUCGCGUAAUUGAACAGGCAUCUCUAAUGAGUAAAGAAUUGGGCCCACUUCCUUCUAUGAGUGCAACUGUUUCCCAGUCAGGGGACGAAGAGAGUAUCCACAGCGAGGGUGAAUUUACUCUUGAUCAAGUUGCUAAGCAAUCUGCAGGCUGGGUUGCACCUUGGCGCGAUCCUCUCCUUCAUCUCAUUGCCCUUGGCACAUCCAAUGUGACUUCCAAACUCCCCUGGAAUCAACAGCAAAAGAUCAAGAAGGCGGCUGUCCUGCUAGAUGAACGCAACGCACAUAGGGAGGUUGUUUUCUCAGAACCCGAUGAAAUUGAAAGCAGUUCUGCUGACGAUCUUAGCUGGGUGAAGAGGAUAGCAUCUACAAGAAGGGCCAAAAGACAAGCUGAAGCCUUAAUUCCUCAAACCGCUGAUAAAUCAAAUGGAGAAGUCAGUGUUACAAGUUCCGUCAAAGAGUUUCGAAGGGCUAUUCUUGCUAGAUCUUCUCAAAAAAUGCGCCAGAGAGAAGCGAGUUUAUCGGAAGGUUGGUAG